CACUGCUCUUCCCAAAGCGAGACAGACCAAGAUGAGCGCCCUGGGAGCUGUUGUUGCCCUCCUGCUCUGGGGACAGCUUUUCGCAGUGGACUUGAACAAUGAUGCCACAGACAUGACAGAUGAUGGCUGCCCAAAGCCCCCUGAGAUUGCAAACGGCUACGUGGAGCACUCGGUUCGCUAUCAGUGCAAGCAGUUCUACCAACUGCGCACCGAGGGGGACGGAGUGUACACCUUAAACCGUGAGAAGCAGUGGACGAACAAAGCUGUUGGAGAGAAGCUUCCCGAAUGUGAAGCAGUAUGCGGAAAGCCCAAGAAUCCGGUGGAUCAGGUGCAGCAGAUCCUGGGUGGAUUUCUGGAUGCCAAAGGCAGCUUCCCCUGGCAAGCUAAGAUGGUCUCUCGCCAUAAUCUCACCACAGGGGCCACACUGAUCAAUGAACAGUGGCUGCUGACCACGGCUAAAAAUCUCUUCUUGAAUCAUACGGAAGAUGCCAAAGCAAAAGACAUCGCCCCUACUUUACGACUCUAUGUGGGGAAAAAUCAGCCUGUGGAGAUUGAGAAGGUGGUUUUCCACCCUAACUACUCCCAGGUAGAUAUCGGGCUCAUCAAACUCAAACAGAAGGUGUCUGUUAAUGAGAGAGUGAUGCCCAUCUGCCUGCCUUCCAAGGAUUAUGCGGAAGAGGGGCGUGUGGGUUACGUCUCUGGCUGGGGCCGAAAUGCCAACUUCCAGUUUUCUGAGUUUCUGAAGUAUGUCAUGCUGCCCGUGGCUGACCAAAACAAGUGUGUGAUGCACUAUGAAGGCAGCACGGUGCCCGAAAAGAAGACACACAAGAGUCCUGUAGGGGUGCAGCCCAUACUGAACGAGCACACCUUCUGUGCGGGCAUGACCAAGUACCAGGAAGACACCUGCUAUGGCGACGCUGGCAGCGCCUUUGCUGUUCACGACCUGGAGCAGGACACUUGGUACGCGGCUGGCAUCCUGAGCUUUGAUAAGAGCUGUGCUGUGGCCGAGUACGGCGUGUACGUGAAGGUGCCUUCCAUUCUGGACUGGGUUCGGACCACCGUAGCCAACAACUAACUCAAGGCUGGGAGAAGUGGACGGGAGUGGAUGGGCUAAGACUUGGGCUGAAGCUGAUGGGGGCCAGCCCUGCCUUGCUGAGUCAAUCAAUAAAGAGUUUUCUUUUGACUGA